AACCAUGAAUAAUUCUUUUAACUAUUAAUUGGUUUUUGAAAACUCUUUCUUCAGGUACUAGAUCACAAUUUUUCUUAUAUUUUGGCUCUAGGAUUCAAUUUUUCCCUGCAGAAAGAGAGGACAGUUCGCACUGCAGGUUAGUUAAGACGGUUGUUUCGCAACAUCUUCUAGGCAUCAACUUCAGAUCAAAAAGGAAACAAUUUGGAAAAUUAAAAGCAUAAUACCAGCUGAACAAACAUGAAUUUGUGGAACGUCCUUCGAGAGCUUGUUUUUAAAAUAAUAGUUGAACCAUGGGUCCUGAUUACGGCAUAUGUCAAUUACUACAAAAACACUGAAAAAAAUAUGAAAACUCUCAAAGGAAUAUUAGAAGAGGUAAAUAGCCUGAAGGGUGAUAUAGACUUGAGAUUUUCCGGUCAAAAACAUCUUCUUGGGUUAAAAGAAAAUGAUCAAAUCAAAAAAUGGUUAAUCAAUGUUAAGAACAUCAACAGCGAAGUAAAAAACAUCGAGCAAGAAGUUGGAAAAAGGAAAAUUCUCUCCCAAGCGCAUCUUGGAAAACUUGUUGAUGCAAAGAUUAUAGAAGCUCAGGAACUUCUCCAGCAGGGUAAGCCGUUGACAAGAGUUCUCGAUGAGAAAAAAAGUUUCAAGUACAUCAUCCUCGGUGGUGGAGUUGCAGCAGGAUACGCAGCUAAAGAGUUUACAGAGCGAGGGCUAAAGCCAGAGGAACUAGCAAUUAUAUCCAAAGAAGCGGUAGCACCUUAUGAACGAUCCGAACUUAGCAAGUCAUACCUAUUACCAGAUGGAUAUGCCACAAGACUUCCAAGUUUCCAUGUCUGUGUUGGAAGUGGAUGGAAGAGACAGCUUCCAGAAUGGUAUAAAGAAAAGGGGAUCGAAUUAAUGCUCAGAACAGAAAUAGUGAAAGCAGAUCUUGCUUCAAAGACCCUCACCAGCGCAACUGGAAGAGUCUUUAGGUAUCAAAUUUUGAUUAUUGCAACCGGUUGUGCAGCAGUUAAGUUGGCUGAUUUGGGUGUUCAAGGAGCUAAUAAUGCCGACAACAUAUUCUACUUGAGAGAAAUCAGUGAUGCUGAUAAACUUGUAGAAGCAAUACAAAAAAAGAAUGAAUCAGGAAAAAAAGCAGUUGUGAUUGGAGGUGGAUACAUUGGUUUCGAAGUUGGAGCAGCUUUGAGAAUAAAUGGCUUUGACGUUAGUUUGGUCUACAAGGAACCACGGCUGAUGCAUCAGCUUUUCACUCCAGCUAUUGCAUCUUUCUAUGAGGGCUACUACACAAACAAAGGAGUCAAACUCUUCAAAAAUACAGUUGCAAUCCGGUUCGAGUCAUCAGCAUCAAAUAAUGGAGAGGUAAAGAAGGUGAGACUCAACAAUGGUCAGGUAAUAGAAGCUGACAUUGUUGUUGUUGGUGUUGGAGCAGAGCCUCAAAUUUCAAUAUUCAAAGGGCAAAUUAAGGAGGAGAAAGACGGUAUAAGAACCGAUGGUUAUUUCAGAACAAGCGUCCCAGAUGUGUAUGCAGUGGGAGACGUAGCUACUUUCCCCUUCAAAGGUGAAACAAUAAGAGUAGAACAUAUCGACCAUGCUCGAGAAUCAGCCAAGCAGGCAGUGAUAGCUAUCAAGGCAAAGGAAGAUGACAAUUCCAUUGCAAUCGAGGUUAGAGGAUUCAAGAUUUCAGAGUAUGAGUACCUUCCCUGCUUCUAUUCUCGUAGCUUUGAUCUGUCAUGGAGAUUUUGUGGAGACAAUGUAGGUGAAGCAUUGCCAGCUGUGGAGGAUAUGCGAGUGACAUCUACAAAACCAAGGUUCGUAACCUAUUGGUACAGCAGAGGAAAGGUGGUUGGGGCUUUCAUAGAAGGAGGGAAUGAUGCGGAAAACAGAGGUUUUGAGGAGAUUGCGAAGAGGAAACCUAGGGUGGAAAAGGAUAAACUGGCACAGGAUGGGAUUUCCUUUGCUGCUUCACAAGGCACUCCGUCUUACGGUAUACUAUAAAAGAAUAUCUAAUAUCUAAUAUCAAUUAUUUACUAUCAAUUAUUCUGUAUGUAUUAUGUAAUACGUCUAACAAAUAAUAAACUUAUUCUAUGUGUUA